GUCAGAACCAUUCACGACAUCCUUUCGUCGUCUACAUCUAUACGCCUUCUUACCAUCAUCCUCUCUUUCUUUGGAAGAUUUAUGGGACAAGAAGCUUCAGCUGAAACGUCUUCGACAAGCCCAACGGCUGACCCUUCGGGAACGAUGUCGAGCAAUUAGAUCAAGUCGCCUCUAGGUCCGACACCUCUACUUUUCCUAACAAUAGGGGAACCGGUACACGAUACGACAGGAUGGUCACUAUCACGCCUCUCGUCGAUGGCCAAGACAGAAGCAUUGACGCUCGCUCCAUCGUCACGCUGAUCUUCUUCUUUGCCAUCAAUGCACUAGUCAUAUGGCCAGUGAGGAUACCAGUCACGCUAUUUGUAUCCAGACCAUUCGGCAGAUUUGUCAAACGAAGUCGCGAGGACAGAGCUACAGAACAAUGCGACCUAAAGCCCGACAUGUCCUCACCGGCACCAGCAACGGAGAAAGGCCAAGCGAGCACCACUCCAGAAGCGUGGGCUACUAUCGACUCCCAUCACAGUCCUGCAGACUCCCGUGUACCCAGCAAAAAGGUAUACAUACCAAUUGACCUUCGGACCGCCCCCGUUAUCGGCGUGCUCAUCCUACUGGCUUCCACCUGCAUACCAGGCUCUGUAGUACGCCGGGGCAUCGUGGGGAGCGGAGGCGUCCGUCCGUACGACAUCAUGACGUUGUUCAUAUGCUUCGCAUACAUUUCGAUCUCGCUUGAUGCCACUGGCUUUUUGCGUUACCUCGCCUUCUUGGUGGCAUCGCGAGCGUCUCGGGGACAACGCUUGUUCACGACAUUCUACUUUCUAUUCGCCGGCAUUGGUCUCGUCUUUGGCAACGAUCCUCUCGUACUCUCGGGAACUCCAUUCCUGGCGUACUUUACAGAUCACGCUGCCAUAUCCGAUCCGACGUCCUUCAUAUUUUCGCAAUUCCAAGUGUCCAAUCUCGUCUCUGCCUUUCUCGUAUCCUCAAACCCAACCAACCUUGUCCUCACCUCGGCAUUCGGCAUCAACUUUCUCGUAUACUCGGCGUGGAUGGCCAUUCCCACCAUCGCCUCGGCCAUCGUGCUCUACUUUGUGUCACGCUAUAUUACCUUUUCUCGGGAAGGUCUCAUCCCCAAAACCAUACAUCCACCCGCCAUCAACCCACGGGAUGCCCUGUCGGACCCUGUCGGAGCUGUAUUUGGUGCUACAGUGUUUGUGAUUACGGUCCUGCUUCUGGUCGGGCUGAGCGCCGGUGGUGUUCUGGAAGGCAAGGUUGGCGUUUGGACAGUCACUGUUCCUGCUGCUGGACUUGUCCUUUUGAGAGAUUUAGCAAAAGAUUUAUCUGAGCGUCGCGAGAAGCCGAAAGGCGAUUCCAAACCCCUCGACCAGGCUCAGAGUACUCUUCCAACAGAAGAAAUUGCUGUUGCGUCGACCGCGGCGCCUUCUCACCCACCAUUCCUAGGGCUCUCGCGCGUAUCCUCGGUUGUUUCCAAACUGCCUCUUGCGCUGCUUCCUUUUGCAUUCUCCUUUUUCAUCCUCGUCGAGGGGCUGCAACAUACGGGGUGGAUAUCAGUAUUUGGUGGAUGGUGGGGGGCUUGGGAAGAGGUUGGCGGUAUCGCAGGAAGCGUUUGGCUGAUGGGCAUGUUGAGUGUCAUUGGGUGCAAUGUGAGUCUUCUCGGUCUAGAAGAUGUCCCUUUCAUCGACUGACUCGUUCAAGAUCUUCGGCACCAACAUUGGUGCCACCAUAAUGCUUGCUCGAGUGAUUCAGUCCUGGAGCUUGACGCAUAGCACUGUUUCUGAACGUUCCAUAUACGCUGCAAUCUUGACACUUGCCGUCGGAAGCAACUUUGGCGCCUACUCCAUCGUCUUCUCUGCUUCUCUAGCAGGACUUCUGUGGAGAGGGAUCCUACGUCAGAAGGGUAUACAUGUCACCGUCACUCAGUUUAUGAGGUGGAAUAUCCUCGCGGUGAUAAUCACGAUGGUAGUUGGCUGUCUCAUCGUGGCAGGAGAGGUCUGUAUAAUGAUAAAAAAUUAGAUGUAGGAGUCUAUCGUGUCGGAGCUUGAGCGUAAUUACGGCUGAGAUGUCAAUCCAUUGACAUUGUCUAUUGUUA